UUGAAGAAGGAGAGGAUAUACACAUCAGAAAGAAAGAAGGAAGGGAAUUGAAGAAGAGAAAGAGAGAGAUGGCGUUGCAUUGGUUGGAAGCUAUGUUACCUUUGGGAAUAAUUGCUGGAAUGCUUUGCGUUAUGGGUAACGCUCAGUAUUACAUCCACAGAGCUGCUCACGGACGACCUAAGCACAUCGGCAAUGAUUUGUGGGACGUGGCCAUGGAACGUAGGGACAAGAAGCUCGUCGAUCAAGCUUCUUCUUCAAAUUAACAAACAGGUUGUUUUAUCUGCGUGCGUGAAGGGAAUAAAUUGCUUAUAUGAUGCUCUCCAACUGUUCCAUGGAAGCAGAGUAGAUUGCUACAAUUAAAUUUCCAUGUGUUUUCUUGUAUGAAAUUUGCCGUAAGCGUUAUAAUAUACAUAUGCUCUAAUCAAUUGUUUUCUUUUAGUUGAACAUGGUGAAAUAGAUAUGCGAUCUCUUUGUGAUGCUUUUAAAUCUUUGUUGCUUUUAAAA